AUGUCUUGCGAAGCCACAAAAGCCCCUUCUCCCUCCACUGCCGAAACCCUCAAAUCCCUCCAAAAACGCAUUACAGCCCUAUGUAUAAGAAUCGCCACGGCCCGCGCCAACUACCGGGAAAAGCUGCCCCUCAAUCACACCACCUGGACGCGAGAAGACGCGGUGUCCACCGAUCUCAACCAACUACAGAUAGAUCUAGAGGAUGAGUGGAUCAAUAUCCAGGGCGAGUCUCUGGAGCUCAAGAUGGUGUGGGUGGACUUUGUGGAAGCGGUAUAUGCUGAUUUGAGUACGUUCUAUGAGGGGGGGUGUUGA